CAGCGAGAGACGUUGCGAUUGAGACCUCCUGAGAGUGCCGCUGCGCCAGAGACUGUAGCUGGAAAAGAGAGAGAGCUGCUGCGGCCAGCACAUAGGCGCUGUACCUUAUCCGACGAGGGGGGUUGGGAAAACACCCGCCAAGGGGUGGGGAUCGAAGCCCGUGAAGAAGGGGCCUCUUUAGCAGGUUUCCUGAGACCAACAAGCUUAAGUAGAGACCAUCAGACUGAAGUCACACUUAAAAGAUCUGGUAUUGGACGUCCUUUUCAGGAAUCCUUAGUCUAUAGACAUGGAGAGUGAUGACAGUAAGGAGCCUGACAGCCAUAAAAAAGAAGAUGCUGCAGUAACUGCAACUGAGGAACAGGGGAGUAAGGCAAACAAAAAGGCUAAAGGGAUUGGAAAAGAGGAGAACUCUAAUGUAGACCCUCAAACUAAAAAGCCACCUUCAGACUUAGCAGAUAGUGAUGGUAAGGAUGAUGUAGUCUUUGUUGCAGCAAGGAUGACCAAAAAAUCUGAAGUGGAACGUUCCAAAGCGCAGAAAACAAAGCAUAUAGAAGAAAAUGGAGAUCCAGGCCAGACGAUCACUGAGACUGGGGAGGGCAACAAUUGUGCAUCAGAAGAAAAAGCAGCAGGCGAAGCCCCUGAAACACAGGCAGACCCACCUCAGCCCAGUCAGACGCUACCAAGAAGGAUGAGGCUACGACCUACUCUAAAACCUCGAUCUGCUGUACCCCAAAAUGUAGAUCAUAAUGUAAGCUCUGAUAAAGAAACUAGUCCAAGGGAAAAAGAAACCUCUCAACUGGACCAUUCAUCUGAGAAGGGUGAUGAUGUGGAUGCAAAUUCCAGGCCUUCUUCUGGUGAUGGUCAAGUAGAUAAGGGAACUGAGACAGACAGAGCAUCAACGGAGCAAAAACGCAGUGAUCGAGCUCGACGCACAGAUACCAUGCCCUCCUCUGAAAGCAUGCAGAUUUCCGAUGAAGAUUCAGAUGCUAUGGUGGAUGACCCAAAUGAUGAAGACUUUGUACCCUUUAGAACUAGACGGCCAACUCGCAUGUCUCUUCGUAACCAGGUGCCACCACGUCCUCCUAAACCGGCACUGACAAAAAUGUCUUGUGCACACUGCCGAACCCCCUUACAGAAGGGUCAGACAGCAUAUCAACGCAAAGGACUGCCCCAGCUGUUCUGUUCAUCAUCUUGUCUUACCACAUUCUCUAAGAAACCACUGUGUAAGAAGAUCUGCACUUUCUGCAAGAAGGACAUUCGUAACUCCAAAGAUUCUGUAGUUGCUCAGACCAGUUCUGGAUUCCAAGAAUUUUGUUCAAAUGCCUGUCUUUCACUGUAUGAAGCACAGCCGAGAUCUAGUUCCCAGAGUUCAUCGGAUGUUCCUGAUAUUAUAAAAUGCAGCAUCUGUCACAAGAGUGGAGAGAUUCAACAUGAAGUCAGUAAUGGAAGUGUAGUUCACAGACUGUGCAGUGAUACCUGUUUUACCAAAUUUCGAGCCACAAAAGGCUUAAAAACAAACUGCUGUGACAACUGUGGCAUAUACAUAUAUAACAAAGGUUUACCACUUGAGUAUCUGUUCCAUGAAGGUCAGCAGAAGCGGUUCUGCAAUGCAGCUUGCCUAAACAACUACAAAAAGAAAAACACAAAAGUUUAUCCGUGUAUGUAUUGCAAAACACUUUGUAAAAAUUUUGAAAUGCUUUCUAAUGUGGACAAAAGUGGUCGUGUAGGCCUGUUCUGCUCUAUUUGCUGUAUUACCUCGCAUAAAGUUAAACAGGCUGGAAUACCAGGUCCUGUGCGACCUUGUAGCCUGUGUAGACGCAGUCUGUCGGAACCAGCAUAUUACAACAAAACAGAACGAGUUCUUUAUCAGUUCUGCAGUCCCAGCUGUUGGACCACCUUUCAGCGUACCAGUCCAGAGGGUGGGAUCCACCUCAAUUGCCAUUAUUGUCACAACAUGUUUACUGGCAAACCAGAGAUUUUGGAUUGGCAGGACCAUGUAUAUCAGUUCUGUUGUAAAGAUUGCUGUGAGGACUACAAACGCCUUCAUGGAGUUGUUUCACAGUGUGAAUAUUGUAAGCAGGAAAAAAUCCUACAUGAAAAGAUACGUUUUUCAGGUGUGGAGAAGAAUUUUUGUAGUGAGGGCUGUGUGCUACUUUACAAACAGGACUUUACUAAGAACCUAGGCCUGUGUUGUAUAACAUGUACUUACUGUUCUCAAACCUGUCAACGGGCAGUAACUGAAGAGCUGGAUGGUAGCACAUGGGAUUUUUGCAGUGAAGAGUGCAAGAGCAAGUAUUUACUGUGGUACUUAAAGGGAGCACGUUGUCAUGCAUGCAAACGACAGGGAAAAUUGGUAGAAACCAUUCACUGGCGUGGAGAAAUAAAACAUUUCUGCAAUCAACAAUGUCUGUUACGUUUCUAUAACCAACAAAACCAACCUAAUCUAGACACGCAAAAAGGGCCAGAGAGCCUGCUUCACAGUAAGAAAGGUCAGAAUGCAGGAUCCAAACAGCCAUCAAGUACACAGAUAAAAACAGAGCCCAACACAGCAUCACCAAAACCAAGCUCACCACAGACUUCCCCUGCUCCACCACCACCUCCUAGUCCCAGUGUACCACGUAAAAACAAGGCAGCUAUGUGUAAGCCAUUAAUGCAGAAUCGUGGGGUUUCAUGUCGUGUGGAAACAAAAAGCAAAGACUGUCAGACAGAUGAGGAUUAUAAACCACAAGUCAUAAUUCUGCCUAUCCCUGUUCCCAUAUUUGUGCCAGUACCUAUGAAUUUAUACUCUCAAAAAGUGCCUGUUCCGUUCUCUCUGCCUUUUCCGGUGCCUGUACCCCUGCUGUUGCCUACCACUUUGGAAAAUACUGAUAAAAUUGUAGAAACCAUUGAGGAGCUGAAAGUGAAGAUUCCUUCCAACCCAUUAGAAGCUGAUAUUUUAGCCAUGGCUGAAAUGAUUGCAGAGGCAGAAGGACUGGACAAAUCCUCUGACUUGUGUGAGCUUUCCAGUGACCAGAGUGCUGAAGGUCUUUUGGAAGACUGCGAUAUCUUUGGGCCCACAAGAGAUGAUGUACUGGCUAUGGCUGUUAAAAUGGCGAAUGUGCUAGAAGAACCAGGACAGGACUUGGAGGCGGACUUUCCAAAAAAUUCUGCUGAUAUUAAUCAGAGUGUGGAUUUUCUGCUGGAUUGUGGUUUAGUGAGCUCUGAUGAUGCUUCCGAGCAAGAUGCUUCUCGGGUUUUAAGAAAGGGUCCAAAGCGCAUGCUUUUAUCAGAAAAGGAGAGCAGCUCUCGGGACUCUCUUCUUAGCCAACGUAGUAGUACAAACCUCAGUUAUACUUAUGGGGUAAAGGCCUGGAAAACAUGGGUGCAGCGAAAGUAUGAAGGUGGUGAGCCUAAGAAAGGAGAGGAAUUACGUUUUGGCCCUAAACCUAUGCGUAUAAAAGAGGAUAUUUUAGCAUGUACUGCAGCUGAACUUAACUAUGGCUUGGCACAAUUUGUGAAGGAGAUAACUCGACCAAAUGGGGAACGGUAUGAGCCAGACAGCAUUUACUACUUGUGCCUUGGCAUUCAGCAGUACCUUCUCGAAAAUAACCGGAUGGUAAACAUCUUUACUGACCUGUAUUACCUGACCUUCGUUCAAGAACUGAAUAAGUUACUAACUUCGUGGCACCGCAGUCUGGCACCUAGUAGGUUGAUACUCUCACGAGUGGAAGAAGAACAUCUGUGGGACUGUAAACAGCUGGGGGUGUAUUCUCCCUAUGUGCUCCUGAACACACUCAUGUUCUUUAAUACCAAAUUCUUUGGCCUGCGUACCGCAGAGGAGCAUAUGCAGCUGUCCUUUACUAAUGUUGUUAGACAUUCCCGAAAGUGUUCAACCAGCAGAGGAACUUCAAAAGUAGUGAGCAUCAGAUACUAUCCUCCUGUGCGACAGAAAAAAGGCAGAGAAAGUUUAGCUAAACGUAAGCGUGAAGAUGAUCAGCAACCAUUAAUGGAGCAGCAUGAGAAUAAGAUGAACCCUCUACGGUGUCCUGUAAAGUUUUAUGAGUUUUACCUUUCAAAAUGCCCUGAAACUCUUCGAAACCGCAGUGAUGUAUUCUACCUGCAGCCCGAGCGAUCAUGUGUGGCAGAAUCCCCCCUUUGGUACUCUGUUAUUCCAAUGGACAAAAGCAUGUUGCAGAGCAUGCUUAGCCGUAUUCUAGCUGUGAGAGAAGUGUAUGAAGAACAGUUACGAGGGGGCAGUAUAGGUGAGGACACUGAUUAAUUGGACCUGAUGGUGGGCUGAACAAUGGCAAGUUUUGUUGGAUUGCAAACUCCCCAUCUAUGGCAUUGUGAACUUCAAGACCAUUGAAGAAGAAAAAGAACUUAAUUUCUGGAAUUCAUGUACCACAGACUCGAGCACAAUAAAAAGUGCUGGACACUCUUUCCCCAACACAACUUACUGAAAGCUUUGUUGCUGAGUGAUCUAUCAAUUUGGGCAAGUGAGAGAUGGCAUGGGCUGCUGACCUUUUGUGGGGUGUGUGUUUUUUUGUUUUUUUCCCCUUCUAUAGAUCGAGUUGGGUUAAGGCCAAUUGAACCAGUGUCAUGAAGAGUUUAGUUUCACUCCAGUACCUAGUAGGCUUUCCUGCCUCUGAUUUACAUUAUACCACCUGUAAAUGCAUUUAAUUACACCAUUUAUAAUAGAUCUGAUCCCUAUUAGUUUAUAACUUGUUUCUUAAUACACAAUCACUAAAAGAUAUGCCCCUGGGUCUUAACUACCAGCUUCCUAAAAAAACACAUUAUUUCUGCAGCCGACAUACAUUCAUUCUUAUGAUAGAUAUCACUUAGGUCUUUUCACUGUGUCCAUCAUUGGUUUAACACUUUCAUUGUAAUUCUGCCACUGGCCAGCAAGUGUCCUUGUAAGUCCACAUGAACUUUCAUACUUGGAGAAAAGACAGGGUUGCAAAUGCCUUCAGUCUAAUAGCCUGUAUAACCAUCUUUAAUGAUAUUGUGUCGUCAUAGGUGACCAAUCCCCUUUCACGGCCCUUGAUAAAAGGAGACUGUUUGUGAAAAAAAGACGAUUGGGCUUUUUUUUUUUUUUUGUUAAAGACACUUAUUUUCUCUUCUGAUGUUUUUUAACCUGUUCAACAGUUUUGGCUGCUUUUCAAAUAUGUACAUACAAUUUCUAUGCGUGUGCACCUAGCACUCGCCCCAUGUUCUCAAUUGUCACAUGCUAGGUCCUGGACAGGGCGGUUUGUGGGAAAGUUUCAUUGCAAAUAAAGAUUUUAAUUUCA